AGUUGCUAGGUUGCUAACUGGUUGCUAAGCUGCAGCCGGAGACCGGAGCUCGAGACUGUCAACAACAAGUGUUUACCGGCGGCGGAGACCGAUUAGCUUCUCACGGUUUAACUAACAGCCAUUCAGAUGAUUAACGGCGGCCGACAGACCAAGAUGGAGAAGGCUGCGUGCAGACUGUAGAGGAGAAGCUGAUGUCUGACCUCGGUGAUCCUGACUGAUCUUCAUGAAUUAACCUCGGCAACUCGUCCAGCAUUUCAGAGGAAGCAGCCAGUCUCCGGUGUGAGCAGUAUGGCUGCAGCCAGCACCACCAAGAUCUCCUGGAGGCUGCAGGAGUUUGAGGCUCACUCCAGCAGUGUUACCUGUCUGGCUCUGGGGAAAAGCUCCGGCCGCCUGCUGGCUACAGGAGGAGAGGACUGCAGGGUCAACAUCUGGGCCGUCAGCAAGGCCAACUGCAUCAUGAGUUUGACUGGUCACAGGAACCCAGUGGAGUGUGUCCAGUUCAACACGUCAGAGGAGCAAGUCGUCGCUGGUUCCCAGUCUGGAUCGAUACGAGUCUGGGACCUGGAGGCUGCCAAGAUUUUCAGGACUCUGAUGGGACACAAAAGCAACAUCACCAGUCUGGGCUUCCAUCCGUUUGGACAGUUCCUCGCCUCCAGCUCCAUGGACACCAACAUCAAGCUGUGGGACGUGCGGAGAAAAGGAUACGUGUUCAGGUACAAGGGUCACACUCAGGCCGUGCGGAGUCUGGCCUUCAGUCCGGACGGGAAGUGGCUGGCUUCAGCCAGCGAUGACUGCACCGUCAAGCUGUGGGACCUGACUCAGGGGAAGACCAUCACCGAGUUUAAAGGAGAGAAGUUGUGGUCUGACCUCAGGUCCAGUUUUCACCCUAAUGAGUACCUGCUGGCUUCAGGCAGCUCCGACAGGACUGUCAAGCUGUGGGAUCUGGAGAAGUUUACGAUGAUCGGCUCGUUGGAGGGAGACACCACUCCAGUGAGGUGUGUAUUUUUCAGCUCGGACGGCAGCUGUCUGUACAGCGGCUCCACAGACUCUCUGCGGAUCUUUGGCUGGGAGCCCGACCGAUGCUUCGACGUGGUGCCGGUGGGCUGGGGGAAAGUCUCCGACCUGGCAAUCUGCAACCAACAGCUGAUCGGCGUGUCUCACCAGCUGUCCAGCGUGUCGUCCUACGUGGUCGAUCUGAAGCGCGUGAAGAAGAGCGGUGGCUCCAUGAUCCAGGGAAUCAUCCAGGACAACCAGCCGCUCACAGAGCCAAAGGAUCCUAAAGGAGCCGCGCUGCGCAGGAACUACGAGAGACCCACAACCACCUGCAGCUCCCAGAGGGUGAAGCAGAGCUCCGAGGCUGAUAGGCGGAGCCCCGAAGGCGAGAGGCGGAGCCCCAGCGAGGACGAGGCGGACGAGAAAUUGUCGUCGGCUGAAAUCCACAACGCCGAAGACUUCAAGGAGAUCUUCCAGCCGAAGAACGCCAUCUCGCGAACUCCUCCGAAGAUAUCGGAGCCUUUCCCUGCUCCUCCAGAGGAUGACACGGUUUUAGCGAUCGGCCGUCAGCUAAAGGACAUUUCUCCUUUUCCUGAAAAGCUGCAGCCUCCACCCCUGGCCUCCUCCACCCCUGUCCAGAGGGUGGAGCCUACAGUGGUCUCCUGUGCAAAGCGUCCGGCGGCCCCCGCCUCAGCCGGUGGCCAGGCCUCCUCCAACCCCCCCGCCUCCUGCCCACCUCCUCCUCAGCCCCCCGUCAUUACGGCGAAGCCCAAACCACCUAACCCUAAAAUCAUCCUCAGCAGAAGGAACGAGCCCAUCGGACUCAACGUGGCCGACUUCCUGCCUUCUUCCCCCAACAACCGAGCCGGCUCUCUGAGUGAUGAGGAUGCUCUCUCUCAGCUGAAGAAGGGCCACGACACCAUGUGUGUGAUGCUGCGCAGCCGGCACAAGAACCUGGAGACGAUCCGAGCCGUGUGGGCCAGAGAGGACAUCAAGAGCGCUCUCGACGCUGCCGUCUCCAUGAAUGACCUGUCGAUCGUCGUGGACAUCCUCAACAUCAUCAACCUUCAACCGUCGCUGUGGAAACUAGAUCUGUGCAUAACUGUUCUCCCUCAGAUCGACCAGCUGCUGCAGAGUAAAUACGAGAGCUACAUCCAGACUGGCUGUACGUCUCUGAAGCUGAUCAUGAAACAUUUCUGGAUGCUGAUCUCAGACACGCUGAAGGCAGCGCCGUCCGUCGGGGUCGACAUCACGCGGGAGGAGAGACACCUGAAGUGCCGAGCGUGCUGCAAGCAGCUGAAGAACCUGAGCAGCAUGGUGAGGACCAAGGCGGCCCAGAUCGGGCGCCACGGCAGCGCCUUCAAAGAGCUGCAGCUGCUCAUGGCACCGCUCGACGACUCGCUCUGAAACACGCCCACGGUUACCGACGACGACGAGGGUCGCCUGCCGGACGCAUCGGCCAAUCAACAGCCGGAUACGCGCACUGAAGCUGGAACUGUUUGUAAAAGUGUUUUUUUUUUGAUGAGCGGGAUGAGGUGACAAGAGUCUCUCAAAAUCUGAUGAAAAUCU